GACAGGACAGGAGACUCUUCCGACUCCGAGGAACAAUGGGAGGAAGUGGAACGUGGCGACCGGUCUUCCUGCCUGCCGGCCGACGCGUCAGUCUGCAGGAAGCCCAAAAUACCCCCCACCGCCGGCCGUUUUCUCCGACCCGACCUAACCCACCCCGGCGCCAGCCAGAGCCCAUCCGCCCCGGCCUGGCCCAAGUCAACCCGCCGCGCCGAGUCCCAACCGGACGGACCCCCUCAAAGCACGACAGCCCCACACCGCCGGCACCGCCGCACCACCACCGACCCCUAACCUACAACCCCAGAUCGGUUCCAACCUAGAUCCCCAAUCCCUCCCCGAUCCGCCGCCAUGGACGACGACGACAACUCCCCGUCGCCCUCCCUCUCGCCGGCCUCCUCCUCGCCGCUCCCGGUCGCCUCCGCGCUCCCCGUCGCCGACCCCGUCACCGUCGCCUCCGCGCCGCCCGGCGGCCCCCUGACGCUCGCGCUCCCGAUCCAGAAGCACGGGUCCUACCCCAGCCACGGCGGCGGCGGGGGCGGGGGCGGGGGCAGGGAGGAUGCGUGGAGCGAGGGCGCCACCUCCGCGCUCAUCGACGCCUGGGGGGAGCGCUUCGUCGCGCUCGGCCGCGGCAGCCUCCGCCACCCCCAGUGGCAGGAGGUCGCCGAAGCCGUCUCCUCCCGGGACAACUACUCCAAGGCCCCCAAGUCCGACGUGCAGUGCAAGAACCGCAUCGACACGCUCAAGAAGAAGUACAAGAUCGAGAGGGCCAAGCCGGUCUCGUCGUGGCAGUUCUACGACCGCCUCGACGUGCUCCUCGCCCCCACCUACAACCAGAAGCCGGCCGCCCACCCUAACGGACGGAACGCGGUGCCCACGGCGCUGCGCGCGGGCUUCCCCCAGCGCAGCCGCACGCCGCUGAUGCCGGCCUCGGCGCCCGUCAAGCGGAGGGCGCCGUCUCCGGAGCUGUCGGCUUCGUCUGAGUCGUCCGACGGGUUCCCGCCGGAGCCUGCGCUCCCGGCGGCGAAUGGCAAGAGGAGGAGGACGGACGAGGGGCGCGUGGAUGGCUUCAGCGGCGGUGACCGUUCUCAGGGCAUGCGAGAGCUAGCGCAGGCGAUACGACGCUUUGGUGAGGCCUACGAGCGCGUGGAGACAGCGAAGCUGGAGCAGGCCGCCGAGACGGAGCGCCAGCGUCUGGACUUCGCACGGGAGCUUGAAUCGCAACGCGUGCAGUUCUUCCUUAAUACGCAGAAGGAGCUCUCACAGGGCAAGAGCCACAUCUCUCCCGCUGCGGCUGCCUCCCACUCCCAGGUAGGUGCCGCCACUGUUGGUGGCUCAUCUAGGAGGAUGGCGUCUGUACCAGAUUCCACAUCGAGAAGAAUGGCACCGUUUCCUGAUGCCCGGACGAGCAGCAAUCACCAUGACCGGUACCGUGCCAGCGACGGGAGCAGACACCAUCACCGCCCUGCCCUUCGCCCGCAUUAUCAGUACCAUGAGAGCAAUAUGGCCGACUCUGCAGCUGCCAGCGAUGGGGAGCAGAGCGAUGAGGAGGAGGAGGAAGAGGACGAUGACAAUGAAGAAGAGAGCCAGUGAUGACAGACUGAAUAACAAGCCAAGGCAUUGGUGAUUCAAAGAGUUUUUAUUGGUAUGUGUUAGGGUUACAUUGCAACAACUUAGCUUAUAUUGAAUGCAAGCAGGAACUAUAUGUCUAGGCAGUAAUUUAUUGGCAAUCGUUUAUCAAAGUGAGAUCUCUAGGAGUAUAAUUAGUAACUAGUUAUGAUAAGCUCCCGCCCUGUACCAUGUGCUAGCCACAUAAUUUCAUGUCUCUUUAUCUAGUUACAAGAACACCAUCUGGUCUGAUGUCGUUUGUGCCAAGAAGUGUGGCGUGUUUGCUGAAUCUUGUGGCCUCUAUCAGGGCUUGUUCUUUGCCAGACUGUGCUCAGCAGCAGCAGCAGCCUGGAUUAUUAUAUGUGUUAAAAGUAGUCUUAUCAUCA